AGAAGCUUAUUAACUACCAAAAUAUGGUUAAAUUCAUCAACUUUUGCUAUGCUUUGGCUUUCACUUUCCUUCAUGUUCUUGUAACCAUGUUCACUUAUUUUGAAGUUGUUCAUGGUGCCAAUCCUACGACUACAUUUUCGGUAUGCGCCCGGGCCCCAUAUCCGGAAAUUUGCACUUAUUUGAUUGGAAAAACAAGCAUUGAAACACCAUUAGAUAUUCGCCAAACUGCCAUUAUGUCCACUUUAUCUCGAGCCAAACAAGCCUAUACAUUAGUUUCGGCUAUGGACUUAAGUUCCUUUGGUCCAAAGGCACAGUCAGCUUGGGCUGACUGUGUGGAGCUUUAUGAGGACUCGGUUUAUCAACUAAACCGUUCUCUUGGUUCCACCAAUAGUCAUGAUAUCCAAACGUGGCUUAGUUCGGCUUCUACAAAUCAUGAAACAUGCAAAAAUGGUUUUCAUGACUUUAACUUGCAAUCAUCUCAUUAUCAAACCUUUCAUUCUCCUCUAAGUGGAUAUUCAAAGUACCUUAGCAACUCUCUUGCAAUAAACAAAGCCAUAACCCCCUUAACUCUAAGCACUAAACAACUAAAAGGGAGAAGACUCAUGUCAAAAGACAAUUUCCCAAAAUGGUUGUCAAAAACCGAUAGAAAACUUCUUGCAACACCCUCAAGUGGGACCUCGGCCGAUAUCGUGGUUGCUCAAGAUGGCUCUGGUGACUACAAAACUAUAACCGAGGCCAUUUCCGCUGUGCCUAAACUUAGGAAAGGAGACUCAAGAUUUGUCAUACAUGUGAAAGCGGGUGUGUACAAUGAGCAUGUGGAAAUCAAGAAGACUAUACAUAACUUGAUGAUUAUUGGAGAUGGCAUGGGUUCUACCAUCGUUACGGGAAAUAAAAAUGUGCAAGAUGGAUCCACUACUUUCCGGUCCGCAACCUUUGGGGUUUCGGGAGCCGGGUUUAUCGCUAGAGACAUGACAUUUGAGAACACGGCUGGGCCUGCCAAGCACCAAGCAGCGGCCUUUCGAUCCGGGUCAGACCUUUCGGUCAUAUACAAUUGCGCCUUCAGGGGUUACCAAGACACAUUAUACGUUUAUUCUGGAAGACAAUUUUACCGAAACUGCUUAAUAUAUGGGACACAAGAUUUUAUAUUUGGUAACGCAGCUGUAGUUCUUCAAGCUUGUAAUAUAUACGUACGAAAACCCCUAAGCGGUCAGAAGAACACAAUCACAGCCCAGGCCCGAACUGACCCAAACCAAAAUACGGGCAUCAUAAUUCACAACUCAGCCGUCUCGGCUAAUUCUGAUUUAAAAGGCUCCGUGGGUUCGGUCCAGACUUUUCUUGGUAGGCCAUGGAAGCAAUAUUCGAGAACUGUUUUCAUGAAAUGCACACUAGACAGCCUAAUUAACUCGGCGGGUUGGCUACCUUGGAGUGGUAACUUUGCUUUGAGUACAUUGUAUUAUGGGGAGUAUAUGAACACCGGUGCUGGUGCUGGCACCGGUGGUAGAGUAAAGUGGCCUGGACACCACGUUAUCACGAGUGCGUCCGAGGCCACGAAGUUUACCGUCGGGGAUUUCUUGGAUGGUGAUUCAUGGGUUCCGGGGUCUGGAUCACCGUAUACUUCCGGGCUUUGAUGAUGUACAAAAGUUUGAUAGUUAAAAAUUUGUUAUGUCAUUAUCAAGUUAUAUAUAAACAAGUAGGAGGAUAUGGUACUUUUUGAAAAGUGACAAGGACUUGUAAUUGUAAUAAAUAGUGUCGAAAGUGAAAACGUUACUACUCUUAAUUAUUUUGUUUGAUA